AUGGUAAUAGUAAUCGACACACUUGCAGAAACAGCUAUUUCUAAUCUGUUGGGGGCUGUAACCACUUUAUUGAAAGAGAAGGUGGACCUCAUACGGAAUGCCAAAGACGAUCUCAAAAGGCUCAAUAGGAAGCUGGAACGGUUGCAGAAAGCCCUCAAAGCAGCAGAUUGCAAGCCCUUUUUCAGUAAUGAGCGUGAUAGAGAUCUAGAGAUAGAGCUGAAGGACAUUUUCUAUGAUGCCCAGGACAUCAUCGAAGAAUACCAAAACAUGGUUGACCUCAGCAAAAGGGAGAAGGAUUCUAUGACUUCAUUGAACAAGGUAAGAAAUCCCUGGAUCACUCUGUGCUCUUGCUUUAAAGAACAUGUAUCUGCUUCUUACCAACUUGGCAAAGAAAUUAAAUACAUAAACCAAAGGCUUGAUGGAAUAGAAAACGAUAGUAAAAUGGUAGAUUUGCUCAACAGGACACCAAAACAGAGUAGUGGUGAGGGUCCUAUUGGUGAUGAACAUAACAAUCCUAGAGAGACAACCCAUCACAUAAGUACUGCCCAACCACCCAUAGGCAGGGUGAACGAUAAGGAGACAGUAAAAAAACUCUUGCUUGAUGGCUCUACAGAGAAUAGUGUCCUAGGAAGUUGUGGUGUUUCUAUUGUAUCUAUUGUAGGUCAAGGUGGGAUUGGGAAAACUACUCUUGCAAAAAUGGUUUUUAAGGAAGCCGAAGAACAGUUUGGGAAACAUAGGUGGUGGGUUUGUGUUUCAGAGAAGCCAACCCGUAUGGGUUUGCUGCGAAAGAUAGUAAAGGAAGUAUGCCAGAGAUCGGAAAGAGAACUUGAGGGUACCGCUUUGACUGCCUUGUGUACACAAUUACAAAGUGAGCUCUCGAAGAGCAAGUUUUUGUUGGUCUUAGAUGAUGUGUGGGAAUUAGGUUGGUGGAGGGGAGAGGUAGAGGACACCCUGAUGGGAGGUGCAAAGGAGAGCAAGAUUUUGAUCACUAGUAGAAAGGUUGAAGUCUCCCAAUGGAUUGGUGCUAAAAUGCAUAAAUUACCAGAAAUGACUUUCGAGGAAAGUUGGAGCUUGUUUCUGGAUGUGGCAUGGAAAGAUGAAAAUGAGUUGGUGAGUUACAAUUUGAAAGGUAUUGGGGAGAGGAUAGUGGCCAAGUGUGGUGGGUUGCCGCUUGUAGUCCAAACAGUAGGGUCCUUAAUGCGUACAAAAAGGAUGACGAAAGCUGUCUGGGAAAGCGUUGAGAAGAGUGAGAUAUGGGAAUGGAAGAUGCCUGCCUCAUCACCAUCUUCUGAAAUAUAUGGUAGCAUUCUUCCUGGUCUCAUGCUGAGCUAUGAUGACUUGCCACAUGAUUUGAAGAGUUGUUUUGUGUAUUGCUGCAUUUAUCCAAAGGAUUAUGAAAUUGAAAAGGGGAGUUUGGUCAAGCAAUGGGUGGCACAUGGAUUGAUUGACCAAAAGAAAGGCACUGAUGUGGAAGAGACAGCAAAUAAAUAUAUUGAUGAUUUGAUAAAUCGGUGUUUGUUUGAAGAAACUGAAUAUAAGGAAAUCAAAUUGCAUGACAUUUUGCAUGACCUUGCCUCGUAUAUAGGUGGAAAGGAAUAUAGCCAUGCCUCUGCUUCUGAGCACACCCGCCAUCUGUCAUUACUUGGUGCAGACGAUGCAAAAGUGGCCAUGCAAUAUAAGGCCUCAGCAGCAGCACACAAGGUGCGGACAUUGUUGAGUAAAUACUUGUCUUCGGUUGAAUUCACAAAUUUCAAGUGGUUGAGGGUGUUGUCAUUGAUGGGAUGUCAGAUGGAUAAGCUACCGAACUCUUUCGAAUGUCUUUCACUUCUAAAAUAUCUUGAUCUAUGCUCUUCUAAUGUGGAACGGUUGCCCAGUUCAAUCGGUAGACUAUGGAACUUGCAAACACUAGAUUUAAGUUAUAGUGAAAUUAAAGAGUUGCCCAAGGAAAUGGGCGAACUGUGCAACUUGAGGUAUCUUGGGCUGAAAGGAACAAGGUGUUUGGAAUUUAUAGCUGAAGGCUUGGGGAAGCUUACCAAUUUACGGACCCUGCAUAAGUUUCUUGUAUGCGAUGACAAAGGGGACACAAGAGGAUGCAAUAUUAGGGAACUAGAAAACUUGAACAAACUGAAAGGGGAAUUGUUAAUAGAAGGUUUGGGUGGGGGAAGGGUGAAAGUAAUUGACGCAGAGAAAGCACAACUUAAUGAGAAGCAUGAGCUAAAUGGUGUAGAAUUAAACUUCAAGGUGGGAGAGGAAGACAAAGUGGAUAGUGCUUCUGAACAGAGGAGUUUGCUGGAUGCUUUGGAACCUCCACAUGGCAUAGAGAGGUUGAGAAUUUGUGAUUAUGAAGGAGAUAGGCCUGCGUGGUUUUUGGACACCACCAACUAUGUGGAGCUGCGGACACUACAGCUGCGACGUUGCCCAUUGUUGGCAACAGUGAUAGGAAUUAAAUCAUUGGAACAAUUGGAGGUCAGCGCCUGCCCAACAUUGUGUGAAUUGCCAAGCAUGCCUCUGCUGAAGAACUUGUGGGUGGACGGAUGUAAUAUGCUGAAAAGUCUUGCUAAUAUGCCGGCCUUGGAGUCGUUGAAGCUAAACUAUUGUGGCAGCCUCGAGCAAGUAGCUGAGAUGCCUGCACUCAUGUCACUGUGGAUGUACAGAUGCAAUAUGCUGAAGACUCUUGCUAAUAUUCCGGCCUUGGAGUCAUUGGUGGCGAGAGAUUGUGACAGCCUAGAGCAAGUUGCUGAGAUGCCUGCACUGAGGUCAUUGGAGGUGGGCAGAUGUAAUAUGCUGCAGACUCUUGCUAAUAUGCCGACCUUGGAGUCUUUGCAGGUGGAUGAAUGUGGCAGCCUAGAGCAAGCAGCUGAGAUGUCUGCACUGAGGUCACUAAGGGUGUACGAAUGUAAGCUGAAGACUCUUGCUAAUAUGCCGGCCUUGGAGUCCUUGAACGUGUCUGAAUGUGGCAGCAUAGAGCAAGUAGUUGAGAUGCCUGCACUCAGGUCAUUGAGUGUGUACGGAUGUAAUGGGCUGAAGGCUCUCGCUAGCAUGCCUGCCUUGGAGUCGCUGGCUGUGAGAGCUUGUAAUGCUCUGAAGCAGGUCCCUACUCGCCUUCCUUCACUUAAGAUACUGACAAUGGAUAGAUUGGCCAACUGGGAGGGGUGGCCAGCAGCUGGAACAGGGGAAACAACAUUUACUUCUAUGUCAUGCCUAAGAGAGGCGUAUUUUUACAAAUGUCCACAAAUGCAGACACAAGGCAUGAUUGAUGAGUUGAAAGGGCUCCAAACUCUGAGAGUGACGAAUUGCCCAAGUGCAAGAUUGGGAUGGAAAUUGCUUAAUCACAUGCCUAACCUCAUUUACUUGGAACUAGAUAGAGCAGCUUUGGAAUCAACACUGCCAUCGCCAUUGCCAUUGGAGGACAACAAAACUGGAGAUCUCAAAUGGGGAAAGGUGCCUGACUGGGUGUGGGCUCUCUCCCAACUGGAGGAAUUGUGCCUACGCCGUUUCACUGAUGACAUUAGCUUGGGAGGCCACUGGUUAUGCCUCCCGAAACUGAAAGAACUACGGCUUUAUGACUUCCCCAAUCUCAAGUCUCUGAUGGACGUCAAUAAUAUUACUUUCCAACAAAAUGAAACAACAUGUCCUACUGAUGCAAAGCAACAGAUUACCUGCCUCUUGAAGCUUGAACACUUAGGUAUUUACAGUUGCCCUGCACUCGAUCUACCGCAGGAGUUAAGAGACCGUCUUGGAAGGAGAUUAGCAUUAUAG